UGGAGUUUGCUAUGACUCCUCUUUUUUCUCUCGCCCGAACUACUGCUAAAUAUUAAUCUUGCCUCGCCCUUUCUCUUCCUCUUACCAUUCUUCUUCAAGCACUCCCCUUCGUGAUACACACAUAACGUGCGCAUUUCCCAGCAACCGCUAACAUGUGUGGCAUCUUCGCCUGUCAUCGUCAUCCUGACGUGGAAAAGUUCAAGCCCACGGCCCUGAAGCUCGCAAAGCAAAUCCGUCACCGUGGCCCCGACUGGAGUGGAAGCGUGAUUGCCAACCACACUAUUCUCUGCCAUGAGCGUCUCAGCAUUGUCGGUGUUGAGUCUGGAGCCCAGCCCCUGACCAACGCCGACGACAGCAUCAUCCUUGCUGUCAACGGUGAGAUCUACAACCAUCGUCACAUUCGAAAGAACCUCAAGGAGCAAUACCACUUCAAGACCACAUCUGAUUGCGAAGUUAUCAUUCCCCUGUACACCGAGUUUGAUACCGAUUGCCCCAACCACCUCGAUGGCAUGUUCUCUUUUGUCCUCUACGACAAGAAGCAAGAUCGCACAAUUGCGGCCCGCGACCCUAUUGGUAUCACCACCUUCUACCAAGGCUGGUCCUCCAAGGAACCCGGAACCGUUUACUUCGCCUCCGAGCUGAAGUGCUUGCAUAGCGUUUGUGACAAGAUCGUUGCUUUCCCCCCCGGUCACGUUUACGACUCCAAGACUGGCGAGACGACUCGCUACUUCAAGCCUUCUUGGUGGGACCCUAAGAAGGUUCCCAGCAACCCCGUUGAUUACAAGGUUCUCCGACAUGCUCUUGAGAAAGCUGUCCGAAAGCGACUCAUGGCUGAAGUCCCCUUCGGAGUUCUCCUUUCUGGUGGCCUUGACUCGAGUCUGACAGCAUCCAUCGCUCAGCGUGAGGUGACCAGACUUCGAAAACAGGCUCUUGAGGCUAACGGCAACGUUCUCCCUGUUGAAAACCCUGACACUGGUGAGGGUCUCGUCGGCGUUGACGAUGAUGAUCACCUCGAUACUCUGACAUACCUCCCUCAGCUCAACUCCUUCUCCAUCGGACUGCCUGGUUCUCCGGACAACAAGGCCGCACUUGAGGUCGCCAAGUUCCUUGGUACCAAGCACCACGUCAUGACCUUCACCAUCGAGGAUGGCCUCAACGCUCUUUCAGAUGUUAUCUUUCACCUUGAGACCUACGAUGUCACUACUAUCCGAGCCUCCACCCCCAUGUAUCUCUUGUCACGAAAGAUCAAGGCCAUGGGUAUCAAGAUGGUUCUGAGUGGAGAGGGAAGUGACGAGAUCUUCGGUGGCUACCUGUAUUUCCACGCUGCCCCUGACAAGGAGGCUUUCCACGAGGAGACAGUUCGCCGUGUCAAGAACCUGCACUUGGCUGAUUGCCUGCGAGCUAACAAGUCCACCUCUGCUUGGGGCCUUGAAGCUCGUGUUCCCUUCCUCGAUAAGGAGGUAAGUUCAGCUCUAUUGCAGUAGUUGUUCCCCAGAAACUAAGAGUGAUAACAGUUCCUUGAAACAUCGAUGAACAUCGAUCCUCAAGAGAAGAUGAUCACCAAGGACAGGCUUGAGAAGUACAUCAUUCGCAAGGCUUUCGACACCUCGGACGAGCCUGACGAACAGCCCUAUCUCCCCGAUAACAUCCUCUGGCGACAGAAGGAACAGUUCUCCGAUGGUGUCGGCUACGGUUGGAUCGACGCACUCAAGGACAACGCCGAGAAGCAGGUGACAGACGAGAUGAUGAAGAACCCCAAGCCUGAGUGGGGUAACGAUAUUCCAGAUACCAAGGAGGCGUACGUUGAGACCGGUUUCGUGCAGUUGAAUGAGACUAACAAUGAAUAGUUACUGGUAUCGAUGCAUGUUUGAUGAGCACUUCCCCCCUCACUGCGCGUCGACCGUCAUGCGCUGGACCCCCACUUGGUCCAAGCAGACUGACCCCAGUGGCCGGUACGUAAUUUCUCUAUCCCCAGAGCUGGAUGGUCGGUGGUCCAAAAGGAAACACGCUUGCUAAUGUCUUGUUGCAGAGCCAUUUCCACUCACAACGCCAAAUAUGAUAACGCGGCUUAAUGAUAUAGCGAAUCGAGCAAACAUCAAGCACAGCAAGCUUACUUGCCUCAUUGUAACUUACACUACCCUAUCAGAGGUGUCUGGCCCAAACGAAUAUGAAGUGUAUGUCUGGGUGUCGUUCUCCUGGAAGAAGAGAAAAGGCGUCUUGGAUCUUGCUUACCAACCAACCGUGGAAUGAUGAUGGGAAAAGGUACGGAAAGAUAGGGACUUGGGAAAGAAAAAUAAAGACAAAAGUUCUAGAAACAAAGGAUCGCAUCAUUUGCGUAGUCGAAGCGUCGGUGAAUGGUCGGUGAAUGGUCGGUUUCACAGCAGUUUGAAAUUGGCAGUAGGUGUAAUGUGUCGUCCUGAGUUGUGUAUGCAUGAAGGGUCUUGACGUGAAAUGCCUGGAAAGAGGAUGUGGCCGACGGACCAAUAGGCGAGAAUGAAGCCGGACAUGGACGCGUCGACUUCGGCCUUCAAUCUACGGCUUCUAGGAGAAGUGUUUAUCAGAAAACUUCUUUGGUAUAGGUAGUACUUCACCCUACUUGCCUACUUACCAAACUAAUGGGUCUGAGGUGCUGUUUCAACUACUAGUAGUGGUCAGUCAGUGAUGGAGUCACAUGAGUUGUUAGUUGUUAGUCUCUGAGCUGUUCAUGCGUUGACAACAUGCAAACUGAAUAAGGGAUAUGGAUGGACAUUAUGAUGAAGGACUCGUUGGGCAGCGAGAUGAUUGCAUGGACUUGAUGCCCCAAGACCCUACAAGGCGGCACCUGUACGAAGCCUGAAGUCGAGAGGAUCUGGCAAUACCAACCUAGGGAAUUUGAGGUUGCGAUCACGGAUGGUCUGUCUCCUCGGGAAAUGGAUGUGGCCUAUCAUCCAAUUGACUUCUUUCCCUCCUCUUUGACCAACGCUUCUCGUUGCCAUCGUUCAUUACCCCUCCACGUGGGCCCUGGCUCUGGGGGAUAUUGCUUAAAUUAAUUACAUGAUCUCCAGCUAAAAGCUGCCUUUUAUCACCCGGCCAAGUGACAAUGUGACACAGUCCCGACAUCAGCCGACUUGGGCUACCCCUGUGCAAAUUCCUUGCGAGGCGCCGCACAGGGCGUCUUCAGAGCCUAGCACACAAGAGCUUCCCUAGCUGUGCACUGAGCCUGAGCUGGUUCCAGCGGGGUUCCCCAACAAGAAAACCCUGUGCAGGAGAUCAGCCCUGUGUGAGUCUUC